UAUUCUUAUACUUUAGGAACCAUGGGGUGCAUCGGGCGCCACGCACUUACCGCUAUUUUAUUUUUAUCCGUUCUCGCAAAAGAGGCCGAAGAAAGUAAAAUUUGGAGAAGAGUGGCCACCGCCGAUCCUAACAAACUAUGGGAAGAGGGAGUUCUGCCUUACGAAAUCGGCGAAAAUUGCAGCCAGGGCUUGCGAGAAACCAUACAUCGAGCCAUGCUGGAAUGGGAGUCCGAAACCUGCAUAAAAUUCGUACCGGCGGAACCCAGCCACAAAUAUCGAUUGAUCAUCGAUAACCGAGGACACUGCGGCUGCUGCUCUUACGUGGGAAGAAUAUCGGAAAGGCAGAUAACGGUCUUUCACGAAACUUGCAAUUCCGUAUCCACCAUAAUGCACGAAUUGGGACACGCCAUCGGGUUUCACCACGAACAGAAUCGCCCGGAUCGCGAUAAUUACAUUAACGUAAUGUUUAAGAACAUAAAGAAAGGACACAAGAGUAACUUCCGCAAAAUGGCCGAAAGCGACGUGAACACCUUGGGUUUCGCUUACGAUUUCAACAGCAUAAUGCAUUAUUCUUCCAAGGCUUUUUCGCUGAAAGGAGGAGAAACCUUUCGAGCGUUAAAUCCCAGCAUUUCUUUGAGAGAAAAGAGAGUUAAACUGAGCCGGACGGACAUCGCCGCCGCUAACAAACUGUACAAGUGUCCCAAAUGUUACGUCAAACUGUUUAAGAAGAUGGACGAAAUUGCCCUUUCUAAUUAUAGUUUGGCUUCUAAAGAAGGUUACUGCCAAUGGUUUAUCGAGAGAAAUCCCGGCGAAUUUAUAGAAUUUUACGUGGAAAACGUCGACAUUUUGGAAAGCGAAAAUUGUUCUUCCAAUUAUUUACAGUUCCAAGACGGCUACUGGUCCAAAUCGCCGAUUAUAGAUCGAGUGUGCGGGAAGAGAGAAGAGAAAAAAUUGUAUACCACCAAGACCAACAAUCUGUUAAUCACUUAUAAAAAGUCUUCCGCAAAUUCGGCCACCGAACAAUUUUCCGUAAAAUACAGAGUUAUAUGUAGCGGAACAAUUAAAGCGGAUCACGGAAGGAUACAAAGUCCACAGUUUGACGAAUCGUAUCUCUACGAUUCGAUAUGCCAAUGGGUCCUUACCGUUCCUCGCGGUUACAGAGUGGCUUUACACUUCGAGACCUUCCACAUCGAAGGCGACGAGAAUUGUUUUUCCGAUUACGUGAAAGUCACGGACGGACAAUCGAGUUCCGGUAGGAAAUUAGUAAGUAGAUUCUGCGGAAACAAAGCGCCGAGCGACACGCUGUCCAGCAACGAAACUUUAACCGUGAUAUUUUCGUCCGAAGAAAGAAACGUUAAAAGCGGAUUUUCUGCCACAUUCAUUAAAGAAAUUAACGAGUGCCAGCUACCGGAUAAAGGAGGUUGUACCGGUGUCUGCGUUAACACCGUAGGAAGUUAUUAUUGCCAAUGCGAAGAGGGCAAACUCUGGUUUAACCGAUCUAGAAGUUGCGAAAAAUUCGUCAAUACGUGUGGCGGAGAAUUAGAAGUAAAAGAGAAAAUGGUGGUGACCAGUCCCUCCUAUCCCGAUCUCUACCCCAGUAACGCCGAUUGCGCCUGGAAGAUUCUUAACGAGAACGUUCGUAUAACCUUCCUGCACAUGGACGUAGAUAAAUCUAAAAAUUAUUGCUUCGAUAAAUUAAUCUUGUGGAGAAGAAAGAAGAAGAAGGUGUAUUGCGGCUUCGACCUUCCCCAGCCUCUGGAGAUCCGAGAACCCGGAUUGCGGAUUCGGUUCACUUCUAAUAAAAAGGUGGAAAGAAGCGGAUUCGCCUUACUCCUCCAACCUCUGUAAUUGGCCAGGGAGGUUGCGGAGAAGGAAGCCGCGGUUUUAUAUUUGUUAGGCGUUUUUCGAGUGGCGAAGAUUCGAUAAUUUCCAAAGAAAUCCCUACUGUAGGCGUCACGCCGGAAUUUGUUCUACCGCCCGGCCAACUUCUAGUAUCGUUUCUUAUCGAAGUAAUAAAAUAAUUUCAAAUUUAGAAUACCUGUAUAGAAUUUACGAUUCUAAUCUGGCGAGCGGCUGAAAAAUAUAUGGAAAUGCAGUCGACUACAUUCUUUAUUAUUAAUAAUUAAUUAACUUUCUAA